AGUAAUCUGUCAACUGUCACGAAGUCAUGAAAUGUGGUUGUCAAAUUUCAAUUUGUUUUGGGUUGUUUUGAAUUUGGAUUACUUUGUUAUUAUAAUCUGAAACUUAUGAAUUAAAGAGAUUUAAGAACUAAUUAUUAGGUAGACAGCAGACAGCGAGAACGAUGUCAGAGUCUUCUAAAUCGAAGUCUUUAAAUUUGAAUCCUUCGCCUACACUACAAUGCAAAGACCUUCACGAAUAUCUUAAGUCGCGGUCUCCGCAGUUUCUAGAGACUCUUUACAAUUACCCCACUAUAUGUCUCGCUGUAUAUCGCGAAUUACCAGAGCUAGCACGUCACUUCGUAAUCCGCUUGCUGUUCGUUGAGCAGCCAGUCCCACAGGCAGUUGUCACAUCCUGGGUCUCGCAAACAUAUGCCAAAGAACAAGCAAAAGCAUGCACUACACUGUCAGAGCUCUCCGUGUGGCAGGAGGCCCCCAUACCGGGGGGCAUGCCGGGCUGGAUGCUCGCACAGUCGUUUAAAAAGAACCUCAAAGUGUCAUUGCUUGGGGGAGGCAGGGCGUGGAGCAUGUCGUCGUCGCUGGAGCCGGACGGGAAGGCCCGGGACGUGUCGUUCCUGGACGCGUACGCGCUGGAGCGCUGGGAGUGCGUGCUGCACUACAUGGUGGGCAGCGCGCAGACCGAGGGCAUCAGCGCCGACGCCGUCCGCAUACUGCUGCACGCCGGACUCAUGACCAGAGACGCAGAAGACGGGUCCGCCGUUAUCACUCGCGCCGGCUUCCAGUUUCUGCUCCUGAGUACACCCAAGCAGGUGUGGCUGUUCCUGCAGCACUACCUGCACACGGCCGAGCGCCGCAGCCUCAGCGCCGCCGAGUGCCUGGCCUUCCUCUACCAGCUCAGCUUCAGCACCCUGGGGAAGGACUACAGCACGGAGGGCAUGAGCAACAACAUGCUGGUGUUCCUGCAGCACCUGCGGGAGUUCGGCCUCGUCUACCAGAGGAAGCGCAAGGCGGGCCGCUUCUACCCCACCCGCCUCGCGCUCAACAUCCUGCGCGUGCGCUGCGCCGCGCCGCUCGAGGCCGCCGCCGGCGCGCGCGGACACCUCGUGCUGGAGACCAACUACCGCGUGUACGGCUACACCUCCUCCGACCUGCAGGUCGCGCUGCUCGGCCUCUUCACGGAGCUCAUCUACAGGUUCCCCAACGUGGUGGUGGGCGUGGUGAGCCGGGAGUCCGUCCGCCAGGCGCUGCGCGGUGGCAUCACGGCCGAGCAGAUCAUCCACUACCUGGAGCAGCACGCGCACCCGCAGAUGCUGAAGUCAGAGACGGGCGGCAUCCGGUCGGCGUCGAUGCUGCCCCCCACCGUGGUGGACCAGAUCCGCCUGUGGGAGUCCGAGAGGAACCGCUGCGUCUACACGGAGGGGGUCGUCUACAACCAGUUCCUGUCGCAGGUACUGUGGCGCGUUGUGUGGCUGCUCAUCUGCGCCGGUAGCACGCACAAGCUCGUUCUAGAUGAAUACAUGCCUACCCCGCGCCCCGCAGGCCGACUUCGUGGUGCUGCGGGACCACGCCCGCGCGGCCGGGGUGCUGAGCUGGCAGCACGAGCGCGCGCGGACCAUGGUGGUGACCCGCGCCGGACACGACGACGUCAAGAAGUUCUGGAAGCGCUACUCCAAGAACAGCUAGUGUCGCCACCGGGCCGCAGCACGCGCCUGUUGUCACUUUUAGCAAAUAAAAUAGUUUCGGAAUAAAACGUACUUGAACAUAACGAACUAUUCUCCUGCCAACCCUUCAAUUGUAUUCUACAUAAGUAUAAUUGGUACUAAAAAAAUAAAUUUAUUUUUUGUUUGCCUGAACAACUUGAAACACUUUUAUGUGAAAAAGACAUGUCUGUUAAACAAACGUUUUUUAUUUAUUUUAUUUUUAUUGCCAGUGUAGGCACAUGAGUGCGUACAAUCCACCUGAUGGUGAGUGAUUACCGUCGCCCCCAUGAACUUCAACAAUGCCAGGGGCAAAGCCAAGCCGCUGCCUACUCCUUCGCACAAAGAUUAAAUAUCUAAUGAGUGAAAACAAAUAUUGUAAUAAACCCGGCCCGUACAACGCGGUCUGUACAACGCGGGCGGCCUGAUAGAGCGAGACGGUGCACGCGACGGCAGCCGGUCGAGGCACAGCAACGCUCCGCCGGCGCCGCUAGUCCGCCCCCGCUGUGUCCGCAUAUCAAACAGCUUUUUUGUCUUUGCAAUUAAGGUGAAAUUUAAAAACAUUCACCGGAAUAUGAUUGAAAUAUGCAUAAAAAUAUUUGAGCCUUAUGUAAUGAGUUCAACGAAUUUGCUAUUGUCUAUCUCGAUCUGAUGUGCUUAACUGUAUAAGCGACCUAACGACUUUUGUUGAAUUGGUUCAGGGCCGUCAUCAAACAGUUAAAACAAUUAAUUAGUUUGUGUAUGAAACUACUACAUAAUUGCGACUUAGAAUUUUUUAACAUUAUUAACAUGAACUACAUUAUUUAUAGUGUGGCCACGGUUUGGCUUGAGACAGUCGUUGUGGGACUCCCUGUGUAGUACAUGCAUAUAAACAUCUGUAAGAUAAUUUUGUAAAUAAACAAUAUUUUCUCUAA